AGUGGAGGCCAGAUUGGAGGGAUUGGCAGAGGGGGGUGGAGGACACUGAGUGGAGGCCAGUGGAGGGAUUGGCAGAGGGGGGUGGAGGACACUGAGUGGAGGCCAGUGGAGGGAUUGGCAGAGGGGGGUGGCGGAGAUGGAGCGGUUGGACGAGUUUGGCAGCCCGUAUUCAGGAUGGACUGAAGAGGGGAUAGCCACGGGAGUGGAUGAGCUGCUUAGUGUUUUCUAAGGUUAGGAACGUGCGGGAUUUUUGCGAUGUUGCGGAGGCGGAGUCUGCAUGUUGCGGAGGCGGAGUCUGCAUGUUGCGGAGGCGGAGUCCUGCAUGUUGCGGAGGCGGAGUCUG